CAGUGAAUCAACAACGCUGACUCACUCCCUUCUGACCCAACAGACGCCCACAAGGUGUGGUGUCAGGCUAUAGUGUGACACUGACAGUUCCUGCUGCACACUGGGGCUGUGAGGAGACACUGGAGCUAUUACUGUGCGUGACAGAUAAACCUGCAGGAUUUCCUGCUGCUGGCUCCUGCAAGACCGUCUAAACCCAAAUACUUUCAGUACAGACUUUCCCCAUUUUGUCCGAUCUCCCGGAGGCACAGAGGGGUCGACGUCCGAUAUCCCGGAGGCACAGAGGGGGCGACGUCCGAUAUCCCGGAGGCACAGAGGGGGCGACGUCCGAUAUCCCGGAGGCACAGAGGGGGCGACGUCCGAUCUCCCGGAGGCACAGGAACAGGUGAGAGAUCCUGGGUGUGUGCACCUGGCGCCAGGUGGAAAAGGAAUUCCUGUAAAUCAGUUGCUGUCUUGCGCUCCGGCACAAUGGUUUCGGUACAAGAGAGUGGGAUGGACGAGAUCCCCCUCCAGGAGGAGGAGACUACUAUGGAAUACAGGGUGAUGAUGGCGUAUGCCCAACGGACCAUGCCCGCCAGCAAAUACCAUCACCUUCUCGGUAAGACGCCGUCCGGGCAGGGGGCAGAGGAAGUCACCUGUAACGGGGAAGGCCAUAGGGUGGAAGAACGCACCCCCCGACAGAAGGACAAAAAGAAGAGUCUGCGUAAAUGGCUGACCCCCCAAUGUCUGCGAGCGCCAAGCUACAAGAGGAAAAAAGGACGCCACGCACCAGAGGACAUGUGGAACCCGUGUGCAGUAGAGAAUCCAGAUUUGGAACGAACCAAAGCCAUCGCCCACAGAUUACAAGAUAUCAUCCAGCGAAUCACAAAACGCAGCCGAGAAGAUGGGGGGUACAGGUGUAUGCAGCGGGCAUGCAGCGUUGAGGCGGACGGAGACGGUGAUGAUGAAUUAAUCGCUAAUAUUGUUGAGAUUCUGCGGUCGUCGGGGGACGCAUUGAACGAGCAGUUAAUGAAAGAAAAGGACAUUUCCCAGAAACUCCAAAGCUCCUGGUCUUACGGCUUCUUCAGGAAACUGGCGGACUAUUACCUGUGCGAUAGUGCGCCCGCCUCGGGGUCAGAGUACCAGCAGCAGACCAGUAAAAUAGCGCUGUGUAUCCACGCCACCACCAAGCUCACCGCGCUAGAUAAUCAACCCAUGAACAAGGUGCUCGGGUUUGGGGUCCGCUACCUUCAGGAGAACUACACCCCCUGGAUUCACAGCCAAGGAGGAUGGGAAAAAGUUAUGGGGGUUAAAGAGGAGGAAGAGGAGGAGGUGGAAUGAGAAGGCCGCAGCGGGACCGGACACCAUUUGGCGCCCUCUGAUCUCUAAGACACCGAAUCCGGCGGCUCACGUGAGAAAAGACGGAAAACCUGCGAGGAAUCAGUCCCCCCCCCCCCCCCCCCCCCCCAUUUCUCUGGGAAAGGACCAAAGUUCGGAGGAAGGGAGAAGUAGAGGACGAGGGCUGCCGGGUUCUGUUGCAGGUCUUCAUUUUAUAUAGACAAUAGUAUUUCAGGACCUGGUUUCUAUUCCAGCUGAAUGUUGGGGGAGGGGGAAAGGGGCUGAGUUGGCGACCUGAGGCCUUAUACGGAGGUAUUUUGUCGGACAAGGUCACCUGUAUUACCAGCAGGCCCUCUGCUUAUCCUUAUCGGACAUGGAUCCAUAAAUACACCAGUGAUAGGAGCCGGGAACUUGGGACUCCAGACUGUCACAUAUGGAAUAUAAGUCAUUCUGACCACGUGUAUGGGGGUCUUAGGAUAUUGCUGGUAUGAGACUCGGGCUCUUUGGUUGAUCAUAAAUAAAAUGUUUGGCAACAGUAAUGGUCGGAUCACAGAACUACUGUACGGGGAAGAGCCAAGUCCUGGGGGAAAAGCUGCUGCAAUCUCCAAGAGACUCCGGACAUGGGAAAAUAUUCAUAUCCCAGCAGGACGAUGCUGCAAAGCACAGAGUGUGUCCGUCGGAGCCAGGAUCUCAUCCCCUAUACUCAAUAGCUUCUGGCAGAUCAUUACAGCCGUCACUCCUCCACGGUAUAAGGAGCAGGCAUCUGACGGUUCUGCUGUUAUAUGGCGGUGGCAGCGUUCGCGGGUGAUCUAAUAACGGAGGGCGUACAGUUAGCAGCAGGCGGUUACAGAGACACCGUUACUGUCAUUAUAGGUGGUCGUUAUCAGGGCCGGUGCUAGGGUGUUCGGCGCCCCCCUGCAAACUAUAAAUUUGCGCCCUCCCAUAUUCCUUUGGCGCGCGCCGGGAAAAGGGGUAUGGUCUCACAAGUAAGGGGCAUGGCCACACAGUAGUACCCCCAUUUAAAAUUACGCCACAAUGUAGCACAAUCUUAUUAAUCUUAUACGUAAUGCCCCACCCGUAGUAGUAGCGUCCUUAUACGUAAUGCCCCACCCGUAGUAGUAGCGUCCUUAUAUGUAAUGCACCCCAGUAGUAGUAGCAUCCUUAUACAUAAUGCCCCUCCAGUAGUAGUAGCAUCCUUAUACAUAAUGCCCCCCGAGUAGUAGUAGCGUCCUUAUACAUAAUGCCCCCCCAGUAGUAGUAGCAUCCUUAUACGUAAUGCCCCCCCAGUAGUAGUAGUAUCCUUAUACAUAAUGCCCCCCGAGUAGUAGUAGCAUCCUUAUACAUAAUGCCCCUCCAGUAGUAGUAGCAUCCUUAUACAUAAUGCCCCUCCAGUAGUAGUAGCGUCCUUAUACAUAAUGCCCCCCAGUAGUAGUAGCAUCCUUAUACAUAAUGCCCCCCAGUAGUAGUAGCAUCCUUAUACAUAAUGCCCCUCCAGUAGUAGUAGCAUCCUUAUACAUAAUGCCCCCCGAGUAGUAGUAGCAUCCUUAUACAUAAUGCCCCUCCAGUAGUAGUAGCAUCCUUAUACAUAAUGCCCCCCGAGUAGUAGUAGCAUUCUUAUACAUAAUGCACCCACAGUAGUAGUAGCGUCCUUAUACGUAGUGCACCCCCAGUAGUAGACGCGUCCUUAUACGUAAUACCCCCCAAUAGUAGUAGCGUCCUUAUACGUAGUGCACCCCCAGUAGUAUUAGCGUCCUUACACGUAAUGGCCCCCCCAGUAGUAGCGUUGUUACACGUAAUGCCCCCCUGUAGUAAUAGGGUCCUUAUAUGUAAUGCCCCCCCAGUAGUGGCGUCCAUAGAGCGCGCGCACAGACAUACCUCACACACACACACACACACACACAAUUCACACAUAUAUACACACACACACACACACACACACACACACACACACACACACACACACACUUCUCUCUCACCCUCCACUUACCUAAUCCAGUCUCCCUCUGUACAGCAGCCAGGUCCGUGUAGCUCCGCCCCCUUAUGGUCCGUUUAGCCACGCCCCCUAUCGUCCCGUGUAGCUCCGCCCCUUCUGUCCCGUACUCGGCGCUCUCACAGUCACACAGAAUUACAGAUGAGAUGAGGUGAGGGGAGGGAGGAGGCGUAUCAUGCUGCAGGUGCCCGCUGCCAGUGCCUGUCAUACAGUGACAGACACAGCAGUGGCAGCAGCAGCAGGAGGGGGGACAGGACGGCGCAGCAGGGAAGGGAUGCAGAGCAGUGGAAGCGCCUAUCCGUCCCAGCGCCUCCCUGCACUGCAUCCCUUCGCUGAGCGGGUAGCGCCGGGCCUGGUCGCUAUUUUGGAUGAAUAAAUGACAAAAUUUAAAAUC